AUGUCUGCCCUGGGAAACAAUAUCAGUCGGACGCUUGAUGUCCUACUUCCAAAGAUACGGUCGCACCGUCAAGAGUCAUCAGAACCUAUCGUACUUGGUAUCACAGGUCUACAAGGUUCAGGCAAAUCGACAUGGGCAUCGGAGCUUGUCAAGAUCCUGUCACAGGAUCACGGUCUCUAUACGAUAACUGUUUCGUUGGACGACUUCUACAAAACCCAUGAUGAGCUGGUAGCACAACGGGAUCGUGAUCCCAACAACAAGCUUUACCGUACUCGUGGACAGCCUGGUACACACGACGAGCAGCUAGCCCGAGAGUUCUUCAGCGAUUUGAAGAAACACAACGGGAGAGGCAGCCUCAAGAUCCCGAGCUUCGAUAAGAGCAAGUACAAUGGCGAAGGCGACAGAGCGCCCCAAUCAGAAUGGACGACAAUCUCGCAAAAGCCGGACGUUGUCGUCUUUGAAGGAUGGUGCGUGGGCUUCCAGCCCGUCCCACAAUCUUUCAUAGAAGAAAAAUAUACGCUGGCAAAAGCUGGGAAGCUCACAGUCAAUACCCCUGCGAAUCACCAACUUCCGCAUUUGUUCGAGGUGAACGAGAAUCUCAAGCGCUACUGUGAUGCAUUUAUGGGACCCAAGCAAUUUGACUUCUUCAUCCAUAUUGAUACGGACGACCUGAGAAAUGUGUACAUAUGGCGUCUGCAGCAAGAGCAUAAGAUGAUUGAGGCGAAAGGAUCAGGAAUGUCAGAUGAGCAGGUUCGUGCGUUCAUCGAUGGUUAUAUGCCGAGCUAUGAGAUAUACCUGGAGCGGCUGCGCGAGGGAUUGUUUGACGACAGAGUUAUGUCUUUUCCAGCAAACCAUUAUCAGAUCCUUGGUGUAGACAUUCAAGCUGACGACGCUGCGAUUAAGAAAGCCUACAAGAAGCUUGCGCUGGAGAACCACCCCGACAAAACUUUGCACCUAUCAGCAGCACUAGUCGAGAGGCGGACAAAGAUAUUCAAGCUAGCGACUACAGCUUACGAGAUCCUACUUGACCCUAUACAGCGAGCAAAACACGACAAGACUCUAGCGCAGUCAGUGAGUCCUUCAUAUACGAAAACACAACAACCUUUCCACCGACCGGGUACAGGAGGUACGGGACCCUUUCAGCACCAGUAUCAGCAAUCUCCAAACCCUCCAAAACCUCCCGAUCCUUUCCGGCCCCCAAAGUUCCAUCCUUUCGGUGCACCACCGCCAAAUACCUCAGCACCACAACCCCCAAGAAGACACCCCUUCACAUCUGGCACUCCCCCCGGACCUAUAGGCACCACACCAUCUCGCUGGUUCUAUGCGCCCGUCUCGGAAAAUCCCAUUCGCACGAACCUUUCCUUCUUAAACCACGCUGGUUGGCACUUCAGAAUCGAAGUGUCCAAAAAGUACAAAUGGAUAUUUCCGCCUUUUUUGCCCCUCCUGAAUGCCGACACAGAAGGCGACAUCAUGGUAAGAAUAUCCGUACAACGUAACGCCUACUCCGCCACUGUCAACGCUCUGAAGGAUGUCGUUAUAGACGUCAAAGCCACACCCGGGAACAAGGGUACGGCAUUGAGUUCCAUCUUCAAGGAAACCAGACAGGGUAUGGAACUUUGUGUAACAAUUGGGACCCUGCCUGUCACUGCCACUGCCCCACUUCCACCGACGCCAGCAUGGAGUUGGUCCUUUGAUGUUGAUUUAGGUUUCUUGAUACCGUUUUACAAGGAAUUGCGGGUUAGCCAUCUCAUGUUUUACCCCCACUACCCUUCACAUGCUGUAGGGAAGGAUGGGGCGGUGCCGGCGAAAAAGCCGUUUCCUACGGGUUCGCCUCAGGCUGAAUUGGUGAGUUUGCAUGAGGGAAUACAGUUUGUGGCGAUGUCCAAGGGAUUCUAUUGUGAAGAAGUGGGGUGGGCAGGGAGGAAGCGUUGGCGGCUUGCUGCUGUAGGCUCCGUAUGA